AUGGCUUCAACACAGAGCAGCGGCCUUCAACGGCGCCGCGCUGCUGGAGGCGCUUCCGCAUCCGCAGGGCCCAGCAAUCCCGCCGCUCGCAUCAAUGCCGACACUCCAUCGCACUCCCGCACUGCUUCACCUGUUCUCGGCGGUGCUUCGACACCCACCUCACCGCACCCUCCCACUGGCUUUCCCAAAUCCUCCUACGGAUCACGCUCAGCAAACGGCUCCGUCACAACCUACGACGAGUCGGUGGGGCAUAGAGUAGCGUACGACCCACGCGAUCUCACGGACGAGCGAGAGGUCGGGGAGAAUCCUCGCCUCACACUGAUGGAAGAGAUCCUGCUCCUGGGUCUCAAGGACAGGCAAGGCUACUUGUCCUUUUGGAACGACAACAUCUCGUACACCCUCCGCGGGUGCAUCCUCAUCGAGCUUGCCCUCCGACGCCGAAUUGCCAUCACCAAGGAUCCCAUGCGCAAGCGCUACGGUCUGUCCGAGCGGGUGGUCGAGGUGAUCGAUGGCAAGAUGACCGGCGAGGUUCUCCUCGAUGAAGCGCUCAAGAUGAUGAAGGCGAGCGACCGGAUGUCUGUCGCCCAAUGGGUGGAUCUCAUGAGCGGCGAGACGUGGAACGUCAUGAAGAUCGGCUACCAGCUCAAGCAGGUGCGCGAACGACUCGCAAAGGGGCUCGUCGACAAGGGCAUUCUGCGGACCGAGAAGCGCAACUUCUUGCUCUUCGACAUGGCCACGCAUCCGUUGAACGACACCAGCUGCAAAGAUGCGGUGCUGCGGCGCGUGCUCACGCUGCUCACGUCCAACUCGUCGAGUGUACAUGCGGACACGUUCUAUAAGGAGGACGCAGCGGGGGACGGAAGACCGGUGGCGUUGAGGGUCACACGAGCACUGUGCUUGCUCUGCUGCUCGUUUUCGGCCAAUGUGUUGGAGAAUGCGCUCAACCACCUUUCGUACGAGGCACACGAAUCGGCGUUUCAAAAGGCAGACGAUCUGUUGGAGGAGUUUGCGAAUUGGCCCAUGGCCCCCAGUUCUGGUUUGUCAGGUGGCGGAGUUGGGGGUGGACCGGGUGCAGGCGGUGUUGCGACGUCAUUCUCGUCUGGCGGGUCCAAGUCGAAGGCGAAUGGAGGGGCGAGGAUCGGCGAAGGGUCGAUGCUGGGAGAGAGGGCUUUUGACGAGGGGAACGUCGGUGCGUCAGUGCAGGAGCUCGCCAAAGCGUUGCAGAAGGAGAUGGACCAGGAGGGCGACACGUUCAUGUUUGAGUGCAUCGCUGCUGUUUUGAGCGUGCUCAGUCGAAUGGACUCGCUGUUGUAG